CUCUCCCCGCCGUAACACUGUCCCCCAGGCGUCGACAUCGUAUAGUAGUGACUGUGAACACUGAAAAUAUCCACAAACAUCUGACAACAGAUCUACGUGUACCGGAGGCCCACAUGGUCGUAGUAUAUAUUUAUACGCUUGGCUUGCCGUCCAAUCUCUUUGUCUUAUCCUCAAUAUAAGGCACGGUCUGUUCGCUACUUCUUCACCUUUCUCUAUCUCACUCACUAACACCACUCUGGGUAUUACACCACAACAUGCGUCAUCUCAUAUUGACCACACUGCCAUAGUAAUUGGACUAUUUACACUGCAUGAGUAUAAAUACACCGGCACGUCUCUGUAGACCUGACAGGAUUUUUCAAGUCCGGACAAAACUGUCGCGCCGUUCACUCGUGCGUGCCAAGAAGAAAGAUAGAAAUGACACCCGCAUUCCAUUUCUUACUGCUGACUUUAAGUAUCGGUCUGAUAGACCAGACGCUGGGCCGACCUUACGACGGACCUAAGGAACCGCCGCCCGUGCUUCUGGUGGACGACUGCCCAGAAGGAUGGCAUGGAUACCUGCUGAGCUGUUAUAAGUUUGGCCUGGACUACGUCACGCAGGCUGGAGCUAAGGCGGCUUGCAAAGAGCUGGCGUCUUCUCUUGUUGCAAUAGAGACGGAGGACGAGAACGACUUUUUAGGGCGGAAAAUAUCGGAUAUUUACUACACCAACACCCCCUGGCGGCGCAGAGAUGGUUAUGAACAGUGGUGGACUGGGGGAGUGAGAGACGGAGAUGGCUGGGCUUGGGAAGACAGCACUUCUGGGGAAAAGACGCCAGUAACUUACACAGACUGGCACGACCCAGAGCCGAACGGAGCGUCCCGCGGAGAAGAUUUCCUUACCUUGGUGUUCAACAGGAACCGCAGCUACAGCAAGCAGACGAUCGGUUGGAAUGACAAUGAUGGCUCCGAAUCCUCCACUCACAGGUUUAUUUGUGAAAUGGACCCAAUCACGUGGCCACUAUUGCAAUAGCUGCGCAUGCGUUUCCGAACAGAAUGGUCGAAGGUCUAUUUUCCCCUGAUGAGUAAAGGGGUCGUUACACAGAUUUUCUUCCACAUUUAAAACAGCUUUCUCAAAGAUAUAAUGAAAUUUUCGUAACUUGUGUUUGUUUAUUUCGAGGCAAAUUCUAGCGAACCUUUUAAAGAGGCACACAUGCUUACACCACGUUCAUGAUUAUUACUAAUUGCAUACAGAAAUAAAGAUGAUGGUUCGAAAAUGGUAUUUUAAUGGCAGUAAUAUAUAUACACACUGUAUGUACAGUGGCGUUUGUUUCCAAGACGGUACCGGUCAA